AUCAUAAAUGUGAUAAGUUGCAAGAAGAAAUAUAGAAAGGUUACAAGCAGUCUAGAAGAGGAGACAUCACUCUGAAAUUUCGAGUCUGAUUUGACAUGAUCAUUAAAAACGAGCAUGGAUGAUAUGAAUGCUCUGGGUCUUAUUCGGUCGGAGAAAGAAAAAUAUACGAUUUUUACAGAAAAACUCAAAUCUGGCGAGGACCUUCUGUUGUACAAUAAAGAUGUACAGUCAACGACGGAAAGAUCAGUUAGACUGUGUACAAACAUUCAAAAAGACAUCAACGCCAUUCAAGACGAAAUUCAGUCCUUGAACGACAUCAUUAAAUCGUUCGCAAUUCACCUGGGAGAGAAAAUGAAGCAGUUGGUUGAAUCUGGAUAUUUUGAAGAAACCAAUACAAAGAUCUUUAAAAGCGAAGAGAAUGGUAAGAAUGUCGUUACAAGCGUGUUGCAGUUCAUUGGCAUUAAACCAUCAAUGAUGUCUGGUGACACUAAAGCAAAACAAGAUGCAAGAAAACGUUAUGAUGUAGAACAAGCACGACUUAUGCUGGAAUACGAGAAAAUAGCUAAUCAACAACAUAAUCUUCAAAAAUUGUUGAACCAAACGGAAGACGUCCUUGCAAAAGCUAAAACUGAUAUAACAGUAACAAACAGUGAUGUGAACAGCAUUGCGUCAGCUUUAAGAACUUGGUCUGAUAGUCUUGAAAAUGCUAAAGAACGGAAGAAACGCAAAGCAAAGGAAGAAGCAGAGAAACGAAAAAGAGAAGAGGACAGGAAAAAGAGAGAAAAGGAAAGAGAAGAGACUGAACGAAGAAGAAAAGAAGAAGAGGAGCGAAAAAGAAAAGAGGCAGAAGAACAAAAGAGAAGAGAGGAGGAAGAACGAAAGAGAAAAGAGGAAGAAGAACGAAAAAGAAAAGAAGAGGAAGAACGAAAAAGAAUAGAAGAAGAGGAGAGAAAAAGAAUAGAAGAAGAGGAGAGAAAAAGAAAAGAAGAAGAACGAAAAAGACAAGAAGAGGAAGAAGAGCGAGAAAGAAAAGAGGAAGGAGACCGGAAAAGAAAAAAAGAGGAAGAACGAAGAAAGGAAGAAGAAGAGAAGAAACGGAAAGAGGAAGAAGAACGACAGAAAAGAGAAGCGGAAUUAAAAAGAAAGGAAAAGGAGAGAGAAGAAGCGGAACAAAAGAGGAAAGAAGAAGAAGAACGAAAGAGAAAAGAAGAAGAAACAAAACGAAAGGAAGAAGAAGAGAGAAAACUAAAAGAGGAGGAAGAGCGUAAAAGGAAAGAAGAAAUGAGAAGAAAGGAUCCAAAUAAUUGGCCAGUAUAUAAAUAUUACAGGGGUUCUGACCAAGGGUAUCACAAUGGACUUUGCUGUGUCGUCACUGUGGUAGAAGGAAACCAUGGGUUUACAAAAGAAGAUUUGAGCUGUCUUUCAUCUGAUAGACCAGAUGAUUUAAAACGUUGUUCAGAAAAUAGAGAAGAAAUUGUUGUAGCUUCAGUGGUGAAGAUCAUACCAAGAGAUGGUUUCCAGUUCGUAAUGGAUGUUCCAAUGAGAAUAUUUGUUCCUUAUAUGUCCAUUGACAAUGACAAAGAAAUAAAGUUAAAAAUCUCGAUUGAUGGAAGCAAAUGGACUUACCCAGAAAAAAUAACACCGACUGCUAAUCUAAAUGAAAUAAACGUACCACUCGUUGGAGCAAGUUUGGUUAAAUUCAAUAUGGUAGAAAUGGCCGUUGUUUCUAGACCUAAAAGAGAGAGCUUUACCAUCAAAAACAAUGUUCGCAAUGCAGCAGAAAUACGCCCAUCAAACGACGAAAACUUAAUAAUGAGAAUUCCAGAAGGAACAUUUAAGAGGGAUAUAUGUGCACAUUUAAAGGUGGACAAUGCCUUAGCUUCUAGAGUAUCAUCAGAGCCUGAUUUCAAUCACAUACGAAUUGCAACUCCUUUGUUUGGUGUUGAGUUUGAUGAGUACACCCAAAAUGAUGUGACGCUUCAUAUUCAACCUAAUUACAUCAAGAAGACAGAAUUUUCAGAAUCACUCCAUGGAAGAGCAAUUCAUCAGUGCGCAAACAAGCUUGUAACAGACAUGGCUGUGGGUGAUGUGAUUGACAAACUUCAAUCAAAAUCAGUACUAACAGAGCAAAUAAUCAAUAAAAUCCAGAGUAGAGCAUCAAAUGAAGCAAAGGCAAGGGAAUUAUUAGAAUUGUUUAAAACGGCAAGUGAGUCUGGGUUUAAGGCAUUGGUGGAAUCCUUAUCAGCGGCUAAACAGGGCCAUCUGGCUCAGAUUCUUCAGAAAACACUGACUGAUUUGGAGGAAUCCGAGCUAGGGAGUGAUUUUGAGGAUGUUAAAUCAUCAAAACUACAGUUGGUGUCGAGCAAUGAUAGCAAGGAAUGGAAACUUAUGAAGUUUCGAUCGAGUUCAAACCUUCCAAAUAAUACAACCGUCUCAAUUCCUUCAAACCAGAGAAACUUCGAUUUGAUUGGAUUUGUGGUACCUAAAGGCAUUUCAGACGAGGAAAUAUGCAGGGUCGCAAAUGAAAUCUACCAAAGAAUAUACCAAGUUCCGGUUCGACUGAUUGUCAAACAACAUAUGGAGAGACCCUCGGAUCUAUACAUUCGAUGCGUUGAGAAAUCAAAGAGUGGAGACGCACAAAAAGAGAUGGCAAAUCAGGGAUAUAAGGAUGGACCAGAGGAGAUGGUGGAGCUUGGUUUAUGUGACACGGAAGAAGUUAUCUUCAAUGCAAAUGGGAACAUCAAAUAUGUUUCCGGGGCGACUCAGAUGAGCUUUUUCUUGAAUAUUGAUACUGCCCAGCCCUGCGUUCAAAUAGAUGUUGUAAAUAAAAAGGCUCAGUUUUCCAGUAGGACAUACCAGGGAAAUCUGGCAUACAAUGUGGGAGACACGCCACAGUCCCCACCAAGGAGUGGCUCUUUUUUAAUACAUAUUCCGAAGGAAGCCCAGAGAUAUGCACCAUUAACACUUGAUGUACCAGUGAAAGCAGCCGCGAAAUACCUUGCAUGGCAACUGACAAAACGUGGAUCACCAGACAAACAUGAUUUGUAUAUGAAGCUGUGUAUGGACGCUAGGAAGGUGAAGGUUUUGAAAAAUCGAGCAAAUAGAGAAGGAAACACGGAAAGGAAAUGCUGUGAAGCUUUCAUUAUGAGCUGGGCAAGCCAAAGACCAAAACAAGAAAACAAAGUUACAACCAUUUUGGAAUCUUUGAUGGAGCUUGACGAAGAUAGUCUUGCUAAAGAAACAGAUUCCUUCUUAAUGCCUUUUAUGAAUGGAUUUCUCUCUGAUAAAAGUAUAAAAGAAUUGUCUGCAAAACUGGAGCCAAAAUGGGAACUACUUGCAAGAAAACUUGGAUUUGACGAUGAAGACAUCAAAGCCUUUAACAUGGAUUUUGAUAACGAUAGAAUGAGAGCGCUUCACAUGCUGGAUAGGUGGCGUCUUGAAGAUAGUACUAUAGAGCUAGCAACUGACAUAACUGCAACUUUACUUGAGGCAAUAGUUUAAAAUGAAUUCAAGCCGCAUCUCACAAAAGGUCAUUAAUCCUCAAAUAAUGAAUUCUUGUAAAUGAAUAGAUUGUUAUGUUUAUAACUUAUAAAAGAUUUGAUGAAUCAUAUUGUUAACAGGUUGAUUUAAAAUGUUUAAUUACAUUUUCCUUUUUUAAUCCAGCACAAGAUUUCGUUGUGUGAAUUUAAUUUCCAUUUAUUUACAUUAUUAGAUUUAGGUCCAUGGGAUUUGUUUUGUAGAAAACGCAAUACUGUUUUUGUUCUCCAGUGAAUUGACGCUAUUUUUCUUUAUCCAAAAAGUCACACAAACACCAAGAUAGGUUGUCAUUUAUUAAAAACAACAUAAAAUUAUAAAAGAUAAACAAAUCAGUAAAGGGGGGGGGGUUACUUUUACAUGUAUCAAAAUGCAGUCAAUGUGCAUAAAAAGAUGGCAAAUUUAAACAGCCUAACAACGAAAUAUCAAGUCAAAUCUUUAGCCAUUGCUACUGUGAUUGUGUUUGUGCCGAUGAAAUAUUUCAAUGUGUAAGUAUAAAAUGUCGAGUUUUAUUGAUUGUGACGUCAUUCAUUAAGUGGUACGAACGACAAUGAUUCAUGACACAAUGUAUUUCUGAGCUACUUAUACUGUAAAAUGUGAAGACUUUUUUAUAAGAAGGCUCAUUGGCCAUGGUCAUUUUAGACUGUAUUGGUCUCCUUUAGAGGAAUAGCUCUAAUUAAAAUUAUACCCAAAAGUAUUACCCAAAUUUAAAAGGCACAGUAUACUGAUUUUUUCUUUACUAAAUUAUAGUUAAUUGCUAAUCGAAUCUUAUUUUAAAAGGACUAAGUGCGGUUUUAUGCAAAUUUUGCCCCCCAAAAUCAAAGUUCAAGAAAGAGCUUUAAAAUAAGGUGAAAGAUAGUUAAAAUCAUAUUGGAAAUAAAGGUAUAAAAGGUUAUCACCACAGUGACGUCAUAAUGUAGAAAUGACGUCAUGAAUAUUGCAUUAUUUUGAUAAAUUGAUGUUUUGUAGCAAAAUAUGGGUAUUUUCCGAUGAUUUUUCGACUGGGAAACAUCGAGCGCAGGCUUGCUCAUGUACCAUUUUUUAGUAUGAUAUGUAUAACAAUCUGAAGAAAAACAUAUGUUAAAAUCGCACUUGAGCAGACCUGCGCUCUAUACUUCCGAAUGCAAGAUAUAGAGCAAAAAUGAGAAUAUCUUCAUUUGUUUGCAAAUUUGCGGGAAUUAGGUCAUUUAGGUGACGUCAUAGAUAAACAGCGAGUAUGCAAUGAUGACUAAAAUCAAGAUUAAAGUUAUAGGCAUCCUCUUUACAAUGAUUUGUGAAGAUUUUAUUUUUAUACGAUACUAUUUAAAAAUUGGUUGAAAUCGGGGCAGAUAUUUGACCAUACCGCACAUAGUCCUUUAGGUAGAAUAAAACAACAUUUCAUACUUCGAUUUCUCUUGAGAGAUAAAAAUGAUGUGUAUCUUAUAGUAUUGAAUGAAAUGAAUGAUUUUGUUGACACUUGCUGACUUGUUUUCAGUUAAUAAAGAUAUACUUUGAAUUUUCUUA